AUGUUUGUGUGUGUGUGUGUAUGUGAGUUUCCUGGUUCCUGCACCUGGAUAGGAUGCUGAUCUGUUGCAGGAUGGUUUGAUGGUUUGGCAGGAACCAAUGGCCCUAAGGACUGCAUUAUGCUCUAUCAUCUGCUUUGAGAUGGUUUCUACAGCUGGAUGCUCUUCCUAAUGCCAACCCCUUUACAGCAUGUACUGAUUGCUUUUUAGAUAAAAGAAUUAAGACUUUGAAUAUUUAUAAUGUUUUACUUUACAGCAGCGAAAUUAUAAUCUAAAAAUACAUGUUUCUUUUUUUUCUAGGCUCAAACCACUUAUAUCUCUUUGUGAACCCUUUUGUCGUGGAUCAAGAUCCUAAUUUACCAAAGGAUAUUUCAUGGGAAUAUGCACAGAAAGAAAUAGCCAUGGCCUCAGGGUAUGCAGAAGCUAUGUUAAGUGGACUUACAAAAGACCAACAAAUCACUCAGGAGAAUGUCUUGGAGAUUCUGCCAAUGGUAUCAGAAGUGAAUGCUUUGUCUGAUGAACUUAACAAAUAUAAAUCAUUUGAAGUGGUCCUAAUGUCAUCUGCCGCCCAACAGGGACGUGGAGACAAUGAAAAAAAUAUUGAUGUAAUGGUAAAAAUGACAGAUUUGUUGACAGAGAAUGUGUGGUUCUGGGAACGUGGUCGUUUCAUGAAUCGCAGGUAUUUAAUGCAGGAACUCUACCAGGAUUAUGAAGACGGGGAAGAUGUGUCAAAGAUUCCACAGAAAGAUGAUCCAUUCUGGGAGGCACCAGAAGAGGAAUUAGUUGGAACUGCUAAUAUUUUCCUCCAGUCUUUAUCAUACAACUUGGAGUUUGAAGAUUGUAUAUUAGUGUCUGAUUAUAAAGGAGAAGAAGAAGGUUCAAUUACUGUCAAUGUUGCUCCAUGUACUUCCACUGGUAUCGUUUUGAAAGAGGAAACCUUUGUUGAAGAUCCAAGGGCCCUGCUAGGUGAACCAUUUUACUUCAAGGUAACUGUUAAGGAUGCUAGUGUUUACAAAAAGAGAUUCAUGAAAGGCCUGAAAGUAUCCUAUCGCCUGAAUCCUAAAUCUGUAUUCACCGAUACAGAGUUGGUGAAAGGAAUGCUAAACCCAGUCUUUAACCAUUCCAAAGUAUUUACAUUUGAUCCACUGACAGCUGAUCAAAUAGCUUUCUUUGAGGCUGGUUCCAUAACGUUUUGGUUGUACACAGCACAAGAUGACACCACAGAAUUAAAAGACACUCAAAUGACAACUCAGCAAAUUUGCCUGGAAUGGUCCCAAAAGCCAGAAGAGGAACAACAAUUCAUUCAGUUUUGGCAAUCCAUCUCUGCUGUAGCCAAGAGUACUGGAACAAAAUUUAGAACAAAUCUUUCAUCAAAUGAGGAUGGCAGUAUAGAAACCUCAGCAUUGGGAGAUAAAAAUGAAAUCAUCAGUCUGUAUGUAUUCGGAGAAGAUGAAGAAGAACUAGCGUCAGAACUGGACAAUGGCAAUGGGUUGAUUGAUUAUUGUAAAGUAGCACAUCUUUGCUAUGAUGAUAAAAUGAAACCAAAGACAGAGUUAUCAGAACAAUAUAAAGCUCUCAGCAAAAAGUUUGACAACAAAAUACAGAACAGUGUCUCAUGUGUGAUCAGCUAAACUUUCGCUACACAGCCACAUCAGAUUGGACAUCAACCCAAAAUUAUAGACGAUAUCCAUCAUCCAUCCAUCCUAACUCUCUACCCACUGGUAAAGAUGGUACAACUCAGCUUUACAUUCACUCUUCCUUACAGACAAUCUACUUCAACUUUCCACCUGCGUUACACAUGCUGGAAUACACAUGGUUAUAGUAUGACUUUCUGAAGUUACAACUUAGCUUUUCACUACUUGUAACAACAGAUAGCAGAGAUUGGUUUUUCAGUUCUUGUUAUAGAGACACAUAAUAUUCUACCAUAUGUAAAAGAUGGAAUAACUUGACUUUCCACUCUGUAGUAACAUUACACCAUAGAAUAUGACGUCUGAAUUACAACAAAAUAUUCUUGUACAUAUGGUACACCUACAAUUAUUAUCAAUGAGACAAUAAACUUGGUAAAAAUUGUCAUUUUUAUCAAAGUUAUGAAUGAGACGAUAAAGGUGGCAAAAUUUAACAUUUUCUACCUAAAAUUGGUAGAAAUUCAUCAUAUCUCCCUGCCCUGCAUUGAAAACAUCGUAACUAGCCAGUAAACAUUACACAGAUUAACUUGUUUUCUAUGUAAAAAAAAAUGACAACCAUGCCGAUAACCUUAAUAAACCAUUUUAAAAUAUCUCAAAUUCA